GAGACUGAAGUGAGAGAGAUGCGUAGAUUCUCUACCAUUGUCGAUCUUUUCAUCAGCAAGAAACCAUCUUCUCAAUCUCAAGCAAAUUCUCGAAUUGAUUUCAUUUGUAAAAGUUUUCACAUUUCAAGAGUUCUCAAUCACGAUUUCGUGGAAUCAACAGAGAGAAAGAAUGGGCUUGGUUUAGUUUUUCCAGAGAAACAUGAGGAUGAAUUCGCCGGUGACGUUGAGAAGAUAUACAGAAUUUUGCGGAAUCACCAUUCUAGGGUUCCGAAAUUGGAGCUUUCUCUUAACGAAUCAGGUAUUGAUCUGCGACCCGGGUUGAUCCUACGAGUGUUGAGUCGGUGUGGGGAUGCUGGGAAUUUAGGUUAUAGAUAUUUUAUAUGGGCAACGAAGCAACCUGGUUAUUGUCAUAGCUAUGAAGUGUGUAAAUCAAUGGUGAAGAUUCUUAGUAAAAUGCGGCAAUUUGGAGCUGUUUGGGGUUUAAUUGAAGAGAUGAGGAAGACGAAUCCGGAGUUGAUUGAGCCGGAGUUGUUCGUUGUAUUGAUACGGAGGUUUGCUUCUGCUAAUAUGGUGAAGAAAGCAGUUGAGGUGCUCGACGAAAUGCCUAAGUAUGGGUUUGAGCCUGACGAGUAUGUUUUUGGAUGUUUGUUAGAUGCUUUGUGUAAGAACGGUAGUGUUAAGGAUGCUUCAAAGGUUUUUGAGGAUAUGAGAGAGAAGUUUCCUCCGAAUUUGCGGUAUUUUACUUCGUUGUUGUAUGGUUGGUGUAGGGAAGGGAAGUUGAUGGAAGCGAAAGAAGUUUUGGUUCAGAUGAAGGAAGCUGGACUUGAGCCUGACAUUGUGGUUUUCACUAACUUGCUUAGUGGAUAUGCUCAUGCUGGGAAAAUGGCGGAUGCGUAUGAUCUUUUGAAUGAUAUGAGAAAAAGAGGGUAUGAGCCGAAUGCGAAUUGUUACACGGUUUUGAUCCAGGCGUUGUGUAGGACGGAGAAGAGAAUGGAUGAGGCGAUGAGGGUUUUUGUUGAGAUGGAAAGGUAUGGAUGUGAGGCUGAUAUUGUGACUUACACCGCGCUGAUAAGUGGGUUUUGCAAGUGGGGAAUGAUCGAUAAGGGUUAUAGUGUUUUAGAUGAUAUGAGAAAGAAAGGAGUCAUGCCGUCGCAAGUAACAUAUAUGCAGAUAAUGGUGGCUCAUGAGAAGAAAGAACAAUUUGAAGAGUGUUUGGAGUUGAUUGAGAAGAUGAAACAAAUAGGUUGUCAUCCCGAUCUUCUCAUUUACAAUGUAGUGAUCAGAUUGGCUUGUAACUUAGGGGAAGUGAAAGAAGCAGUUCGGUUAUGGAACGAAAUGGAAGCUAAUGGUUUAAGUCCUGGAGUUGAUACGUUUAUUAUUAUGAUCAAUGGAUUUACAAGCCAAGGUUUUCUAAUCGAAGCCUGCAAUCACUUCAAAGAAAUGGUCAGCCGAGGAAUAUUCUCUGCGCCUCAAUAUGGAACGCUGAAGUCAUUGCUAAAUACUCUUCUAAGAGAUGAUAAGCUUGAAAUGGCGAAAGAUGUUUGGAGUUGCAUAUCAAACAAAACCUCUUCAUGCGAGCUGAAUGUAUCAGCUUGGACAAUAUGGAUCCAUGCUUUGUUCGCAAAAGGUCACGUGAAGGAAGCAUGUUCGUAUUGUCUUGAUAUGAUGGAGAUGGACUUGAUGCCGCAACCUAAUACUUAUGCAAAACUUAUGAAAGGAUUGAAUAAACUGUAUAAUAGAACGAUCGCUGCAGAGAUUACAGAGAAGGUGAUGAAGAUGGCAAGUGAGAGAGAGAUGAGUUUUAAGAUGUAUAAGAAGAGAGGUGAGGACUUGAUUGAGAAAGCUAAACCUAAAUGGAAUAAAGAAGGGAAGAAGAAAGGGACAGAUCAUCAUAGGCAUAAAGGAGGUGGUGAAAGAAGUAGAGCUAAAGCAUUGUCCGAGACGCCAUCAUCGUUUCUUGCUAGAAACCAUCUUAGGUCCAAAACGCCAUCAUCGUCUCCGUUUUCUUCGAAGCGGCAUGCGCCUAAAACGAGCGAAGUAGAAGAAGAGUCGACUCCAAAAGAUUCCGUUUUGUUAAACCCUAAAGAUCCAUCAAGCCCACCUAAGCUCUUCCUUGUUCAGCCUCGUUUAGCACCACCUAAGUUACUACAGGCGAAGCUGAAUGAAGCGCUUUGUCUCGCGAAUUCUCUUGAAGAGCAACGAUAUGGGUACUUUGAAUCUGAUUUCUUCGACAAGGAAUUGCCUUCUCAUGUUGUUGUUCAAAACCCUGUUCGUAGAUCGUCUAAACCUCGCGUAGAUACUUAUUUUGGGGCUGGGACUGAAGAAGUUGAUGCUGUCUUUGUAAACGCCAUUUUGACAGCUAUUCAACAACGGAAUUUGGAGCGAAUAUGGGCAAAACCUGUCUUAGACCGUGUGGGCCUUAUAAUUGAAAUAUUUAAUGCUCAUGCGCAUACGAAGGAAGCAAAACUACAGGCAGAGUUAGCAGCUCUGAUGUACAACAAGAGCAGGCUGGUUCGAGUGCGUGGUACUGAUGGACGCCAUACUUUUGGGCAGUUUGGAGAAGCUGAAGUUGUCAGUGCCCGAGGGAGAGCAGGAAGCAAGGGAACCGGCGGCGGUUUUGUAGGUGGUGCAGGAGAAACUGAGCUUCAGCUUCAACGCCGAAGAAUAUCAGACCGGAGGCUUCGCUUGUUAUCCCAAAUUAAAGAAGCCCAGCGAACACGGCUAUUGCAGCGUGCUGGACGUAAGAAAAGAGUGGGAUUAGAGGGGGAGAGUUCAGGUACCAUUGCUGUUGUUGGUUACACAAAUGCUGGAAAAUCGACUCUGAUAAGUGCAUUAACAAAGACUGCUCUCUACUGCAAUGAGCGAUUGUUUGCCACAUUAGAUCCUACACUCAAGAGUGCCCAUCUUCCUUCUGGAAAGUUUGUGCUUCUUAGUGACACUGUUGGAUUCAUAUCAGAUCUGCCUAUACAGCUGGUGAAAGCAUUUCAAUCGACUCUGGAAGAAGUUGUUGAAGCUGAUAUACUUCUGCAUGUAGUUGAUUCAACAGCUCCAAAUAUCGAGGAGCAUCGUUCAACAGUGUUUCAUAUCCUUAAUCAAAUUGGAGUAUCUGAAGAGAAGCUUCAAAAUAUGAUUGAAGUCUGGAAUAAGAUUGAUUAUGAAGAAGAAGAAGAAGUGGAGGACGCGAAAUAUCUAGAUGAUGGCGAAGGAGAAGAAGAAGAAGCUGAUUUAAAAGCUGAAGAAACUGUUGAUGCAUCUAUAGCAGCAGUUAAUGAAUACCAAAUCCAAAACCAAGACAAUGACUCUGAUGGGUGGCUAUUGUCUGAAGAUGAAAAUGCUGACGACUCUGAGCUCUGGAAGGUUCCGGAGGUUGCUAAACUAGAUGCUGCACAGAAGAAAGGCCCAGAUGUUAGAGUUUCUGCAUUAACCGGAGUUGGUUUGAAGGAGUUGCUGUAUCUUAUUGAUGACAAAAUGAAAGUUGAAGAAGAGAAGAAGCUCAAGUCUCAGACAAUAGUCGAAAGGAGUGAGCUUCAUAAGCGUAAAUGGCGACCACCUCGUGACGAUGAUGAUGAAGAGGUGAGAUUAGUCCCGUUAGAUCAACGGUGAUAAUAUAAGAAGAAACGAAACAAUAGUUUUUUUUGUUACUGUACCACGGAACCAAAGAAACGCAUGUCGUUUUAAAAACUCGUAAUGUAUAAUAACGGCAAGAAGUUUGUUGAUGUCUUUGAUUAAUAAAUGGACUUAAAACGC